ACAAAACAGCGGUACCAUUUAUUUCAAAAGAUCUACUAAACAUAAAAAGUAAUAUUAAAAACAAUAGUGAUAUUAAAGAAAUGAAAAUUACGGUAACGAUAGAGCAAUCUGAAUGGACUGAAGUAACUAACAAAAAGAAAAAGGCAAAAAAUACAGAUAAUAUGACAAUAGAUUCUGAAAUAAUAGAAGAAGAUAAAGAAUCAGUGGUAUCAUAUGAAACUGAUAAUAGUGAAAAAAUUAAAUUUGUUAAAAAAAUCAUUAGAGAAAAAACUGAAUUAACCCUAGUCAGAUUAGAAAACAAUAGAAAAGAUAAAAUGAUCUCUAUAUUGUUUGAUAACAAGGAAAAUAUGCAAGUCACACUGGAGGAAAAUGGGUAUUAA